GCUGCAGUCUUCAUACAAUUCUUCAUGAAUUCCAUGAUCCUAAAAUCACUAGGCAUUCUGCUGGUGUCCGUGGUGGAGGAGUUCGAAACAGAUACCUGGGUCACUGGAACUGUGUUUUCCCUUGUAGAAUGCGGUAGGGAUAUUUGCGCACCUUUAGCUGGGCCCUUGGGGCGGAGGCUGAGCCCACGAGCCGUUGUCAUGGUAGCCGGCGGAUUGGUCUGCUUAGGAUUUGUGACCACAUCAGUGUCAUCCAAUAUCCUACAGGUUGCAUUGUCACUCACUCUGCUGAUAGCUAUUGGACAGUGCUUAGCCAACGUCUUGACUCGUUCAUCACUCGGUGAACAUUACGACGUGAAUGGUUUCGCACUGGCUUCGGGGAUCGCAAGGACUGGGUCAUCCAUUGGCCUGGUCUGUCUACCCUCUCUAGUGCAGCUAUUUCUCAACACGUAUGGAUGGAGAGGAGCCAUGCUUAUUCUCGGUUCCAUUGGUGCCCAUCUUGCCUUGAGUGGCGCCCUGUUGAUUCCUCCUCCAAAAGAGACUGGGAACAGGACAACAGGCGGCUACCAGCUACUUUCUCAUACUUCCCAUAAACAUGAAGCAGAAAAUUACGUCAACUACAGUAUCCUGGCGUUUCUGAGGUAUAUUUGUAUGAAAAUGGGAGGAGCUCUCGACCUCUCUUUAAUGAAGAACCUGGACUUUUGGACCAUAACUCUUAUUGUCGUGACUAUUCGAUUCAGCCAAUCAGCGUGGUACAUUUAUUUUGUUCCUCGCGCCGUUGCCAUUGGAGUCUCUAAUGAAGAAGCCACAAUAAUUGUGACAAUUGCCGCGCUUGUCCAGUUGGUCUCCGGCAUACUAGGUAGUGGCCUAGUGUAUACAGGGAGGGGGACGAGUACCAGCAUCAUGGCGGUGAGUGUUACUCUCGUCGCUGUCUCCUUUUUUGUUGACCCCUGGAUGACCUCGUGGUGGCCGUUGUUCGCUAACGCCGCCCUCUUCUUGUCAGGCAUGGGGAUGGUGAUAACUUUGGUUGACGUCAUGGUGAAGGAGCUCCUUGGGGUUGACAGGAUGGCCAGCGCCUUCGGAUGGAUGGGAUUUCUGUCUGGAAUAGCUAGGCCUUUCUCUGGAUUUAUCCCAGGCUGGAUUUAUGACCACUCCAGAAGUUACAACACAGCUUUCAUCAUUCUUGGAGCCAUCCAAACAACGUCACUGAUCCCACUGGUCAUUAAAAGACUCAAGACGAGUGUGCCCAAGUCGCUUUCCCCGCAUUGACUAGCUUCUACAAGCGUGCUUUCAACAUCUACUUAAAUGUGCCACGCUCUCUACGUCACAGGUUGGUCGAACAACGACUACAAUGACACCCAACUUAGCUCCGCGUACAUGUAUGAUGCUUGUCCAAUUAGGCUGAGUCCGAAUGCUUGGAUCCGGCUUGAAUUGCACAAAACUCUAUGGGAAGUGAAUACAACUAUGUAGCCUACUGCCUUAGAUUCUGGUGUAAUUUGAGGCCGCAGCUAAGUUAUUCGGAUACAGCCCCAGAGGUCAGAACUAGUCGAUUUGCAGGUGAAAGUUAACUAUUCAACUAUUCAAUAUUUACUUCGUAAAUAUUAACUCUGGUUACCGAUGUUUCGUGAAGGGGUACUUUGAAAAGUGUGAGUAAAUUUUCGGCAAAUUUCUUAUUCAGAUGGGCGUAUCUUUUAAUUUAUGUACAUUAAGAUUAUAUUAACCAAUUAUCGCUUAAGCAGAAUAUGCGGGAGAGGUGUUGAUAAACCAAAAUAUUGACUGCUUUUUCUCGAUGUGUUGUAAAACUAGCCUCUCUCAGUGAUGGAACAUUCUAAAAUAGAAUUCUCCAUGGAUCACCUAGGGAGACUAGUUUUACGACAUCACCUCAAGCAGUCAAAAUUUGUACUGUGCCCAUGAUUGCUGCUGGCGGGACCGCAGCAGAGAUUAUGUUGGUGGCGGUUGUAGUUUUGGAAAACAAAUAUAAAAGUAGUUAAUUUAAUAACAAUUAAAAGAAAUAUAUUCGAUAAAUUAUUGACCCAUGAAAAGGUUAUGGUGUACUAUGCCAACGAUUUCCGGUUUCAUACAUGGUACUACAGGUUGUCCGACCAUGUACCCAACACAUGAAAUCUUACACAGAAAACUGCCAAUGUACCCUUAAAAUCCCGCAAAUGUACGAUACGUUUACGCUUAAAAUAAAUCUAUAGAAUUAUCUAUUGUGGUUGCAUUUAACGAUAAGUGGUGCCUACAGGAACCUUUACAGUUAGGGCGGGUACAUAAUAAAUUAUUUUCGGUCAACGGAAUCAUCAAACUGUGUCAUCUUUGACCUCGGGGGUGCACCUACUUAAAUAGGCUAAAAAUCUGUCCGCCGAGCUCACGAAUAAAAUGUUAUCCACUCAAGAUAUUCUAUUUUAGAAAGUCCCGAGAGGCAUUGAAUUAGGGAAUGGAAGAAAUAUGGCGUCGACUCUCUGGCUAAGUCUGAGCAAUUUGCAUUCAGUCGGGUCAGAAAGUGGUACUUCAGACGUUUUGCAAAGGGAUGGGUAUUCAAAUGGCUACCUUUCCCAGCUAGGGAAAUGUCCAUCGUUUCAGGGGUGGUCCUGUGGGUGUGAAUUU